GGUGACCGCCGCCGCCUCACAGGGAAAUUCAGCCAAAGGAAAGUGCUCAGGAGACACAGCUAUGUCUCGGAUAAAUGGUCGAUGUCAUUUAUGUUUCCAGCGGAUCAUCUAAAUCUAGCUUCUGUCGGAGUGAGAUUUAAGAGAGCUCGACAUUUUGGAGAGAUUAGGCGCUUGAAAUCAAGGCUUCUGAAGCGGCGCUGACACCAUGCUAGCCACAGUGAGCGCUUUGGCUCAGUACAAUGUCUCCGUGUCAGCUACACCAGUGGAGAACACAUCUGCUUUCCCAACCAUGCAUCCUGACGGCCAGGCCAAUAUCACCAAGCCUCACAAAUGUCUGCAGGCCCUAUAUGAAGACAUCGGAAACUCCAGGGUGCGCUUCUGGGACAUCCUGCUGCUGGUGCCAAACGUGGCCUUCUUCAUGUUCCUGAUGUGGAAGCUACCGUCAGCGAGGGCAAAGAUUCGUCUCGCUUCCAGCCCCAUUUUUGUCACCUUCUAUUUGCUGGUUUUUGUUGUUGCAGCUGUUGGAAUCACUCGCGCCAUUGUUUCCAUGACGGUCAGCACAUCCAAUGCCGCCACCAUUGUGGACAAAGUCCUUUGGGAAAUCACCCGCUUCUUCUUGCUCGCUAUUGAGCUCAGUGUGAUCAUCCUGGGACUCGCUUUUGGUCACCUAGAGAGCAAGUCCAGUAUAAAACGUGUGCUGGCUAUUACCGCUGUGUUGGCCCUGGCAUACUCCAUCACACAGGGAACACUAGAGAUUCUUUACCCAGACAGCCACCUUUCAGCGGAGGACUUUAACAUCUAUGGUCAUGGAGGACGGCACUUCUGGUUAGCCAGUUCCUGCUUUUUCUUCUUGGUUUACUCUCUGAUUGUUGCUCUUCCUAAAACCCCAGUGAGGAACAGGAUAUCAUUGCCAUCUAAAAGGGGUUUCUACGUGUACGCAGCCAUCUUGUCUUUGCUGAACUUUGUUCAGGGUCUGGGCAGCGCUCUGCUGUGUGCUGGGAUCAUAGAAGGACUCUGCUGCGUGGAUGUCACCACCUUCCUGUAUUUUUCUGCCUUUGCUCCGCUCAUUUAUAUCACGUUCCUCAAGGGAUUCUUUGGUUCAGAACCAAAGAUCCUGUUCUCCUACAAGUCACAGGUGGACGAGCCGGACGAAAGCGACGUCCACCUUCCUCCUACCGUGGCGGCGACCCUCGGCCGUAAAGACCUCACCGAUCAGGGGCUGUACUACUCCUCUACGCAGAUCGACGGCGCCGGUCCUGGCAGCUCCCGCAUGGUUGGAGCGUACUUGGACGACGUUGCGUCAGGACCCUAUGGGUCAAGCAGCAUCAACAGCAUAGAAGCUGACCGCUGGAGACCUAUCAAUGUGUGAGAGGAUACACAGCUGCAGUACGAUGUGGAUGAAGGGAGUUUGGUAGGAUGGAAUCAUGGAAGUGUCUCUUAGCCAGCAGGCUGGACAACAUGGAGGAGUGAUGUCGGCCUUUUCUUUAUCAGAUCAGGUUAAAAAAAUGGACACUUUAACAGAGACUGUUUAUCUGUUUGUGAAGGAAGGAAUACUUGCUUCUGUAACAGUGUCGCCGGACUCUUCUGCUGCUGUUUCUUCACGUCGAGUUUCUGGCCCUGAUGCUCCCUAUUGAUUCUGCUCCGAUCUGACUGCUUAUCAACUCGUCUCAGCACAUUUUUCUCAAACUCCAGCACCAAAAAUCCUUAUUUAUGCAGUUUGAGCCUUGUUUUAAAUGCCUAAGUCUGCUAAAUCAAUCUAACACGUUAUUUGAAAAAAAACACUUGUACAUUCUUGCAUUCUGGGGACCAGCAUAAUAAGGCGCCGAUGUGCUUGUCUUAUACUGGGUUAGACUUGUACCUGAGCUGGCUAAUCUGUGUUUUGUUUUGUCUUUUUGGAGCAAAGCUUUUGUUUGUGGUUUGUAAUCUGAUUUAUUUGAUUUCCAAAGUAAAAAAGAUAAACCAGCUCCUACACACAAGCAUAAAAGGAUCAUAUAGGCAACCCUGAAAAAGAAUGUUUUUUCCAUUAAGAAUCUUUGUAUACUUCGAUUGUGUUCAUGCUUUAUAAUUUCUGCCGUUGCUUUGUGUCUUCUUUUUUUUUUUAAUACAAGGUGAAAAAAAAGCAUUCCAGCCUCGGCAAAGAGGCUUCAGACUUUGCAAAAGAGUCAUUUAAUCCUGCUUGUUCAGACUUUGUGUCCUUGCUUUCAUUUCUGUUGCGGUUUCUGGUGUUGCGUCUUUGAUGAAGAGGCUAGUGGCGCGAAUGAUUUUGUGCUUUAAUGCAGGACCAGUUAUGACACCAGAAACAGAAAUGAUCCAUUUUAAUAUAUUCGAAAUUGGCUCAUAAAAAUCUAUUCAAACGAGUUUCUGAUUUGAAGUGAGAAAAAGAAAGUUAUGUAAGAAAUUUUUGCAAUUCCUAUCCUUUUGUUUCAAGGAGGAAAAAAAAAAAGUUUAUAAUGGGUCAUACUUUAAUCUUCCAUUAUUUAAAAGAAAGUUGAUCCACCUUUGUGUGUUCAGAAUCCCCCAAAACAACAGUGCUUCCUAAGGACCAAUUGCAUAUUUAACAUUCUGUACAAAUUAGCAAGUGGGUGCAGAAAGUAUUUGCCUGACUUUGAAAUCUUUAAUGAAUGUUACUUUUUGCUGAAUGAUUUUUAACUAGCUUUGGGGAAAGUAAGUCAUUUUUUUUUCUCAACAAAAGGGGGAACAUGAAGGAACAGCAUUCUCUUCAAACACCAAGUCUUUCACAGUGAAGUUUUGCUGGUGGUGCUCUAAUUACAUUGUGUUGGUCGUUCCAUGUGCUGUAAAAUAAACUCUGGAUCCAUC